AUGCCUCCCAUCUACUACUUGAAUCAACCACCCCAUCCCUUCUGGGACUUUGUCGCCGGGAUCGAAGAUCACCCGUUCUUCGCCCAGCAUCGACGACCCGUCCCGCCAACGCCACCACCACAUCCUCCCCGUCCAGGGGCCGAGCAGUCUCAAGUGCGGACACAGGCGACCGCUGGUGCUUCCGCCCAAGUCAACGAGAAAUCCAAGGGCAAGCAGCCCGAGACCGGCGUCGAGGACCCUCCUGAAGUCGACCCGGCCACCCUUGCGUCAGAAGGUAAGGACGUGCCGUUCCGUGGUCGUGGUCGCUUCGCCAAAAGCUUUGAAGACAAUGACAACAAGGACAAUGCCGAAGAAGGCCACAGCGGCCGUCGAGGCGGGCGCGGCUGUCAUGGCCAUCACCGCGGUCAUAACGCCUGGGCAGGAGCAGUGCCUUUCGGUCCCCAUCCAUUCGGGCCCCCUCCCUUCUUCUGGGGUACUCAUGGCCCCUUUGGUCACCAUGGACCCCCUGGACAUGAGGGUGCUGAAGGCCAUGGUCCCCACGCUGGAUUCCGUGGCCGUGGAGGCUUUCAUAGGGGAGGUCGUGGAGGACCACACCAUCAACAUCAUGGACCCCAUGCCCGCUCUCCACCACGCAGCGGCCCCUUCGCUGGUGGUCGCCCAGGCCAAGCAUCUGGCUUCGAUCUGAGCAACUUCCUGAACAAUCUUGGUGAGCGGCUGGGGGUCGACUUGACCUCUGCCGCUGCAGGUCUUGGACUGCGCUCCCCACGCUCCACCGAGACCGACUUUGAACCGAGGACCGACAUCUUCGACAUCGCUGCGGCCUACAUCAUCCACCUCUCCCUGCCCGGUGCCAAGAAAUCUGACGUUGGCGUCGACUGGGACGGCGAGCACUCGGUCGUACGCGUUGCUGGCGUUGUCCACCGGCCCAAUGUCGACGAGCAUAUGAUGUCCCGCUUGGUUGUGGAUGGCCGCAAGCGGGAAACCGGCGUCUUUGAGAAGACCAUCCGCCUGGGCACACCAAAGGACCCUGCCAAUGUCGACGUCGACGGCAUCACUGCCAAGAUGGUGGACGGUGUCCUGAUCGUCCGCGUACCCAAAGUUGAGAAGACAUUUGAAAAGAAAGAAGUCUAUGUGGGUGGUAGCUCGUCUCCCUCCCCUGCCAGGCCCUACCAAGAGAGGCCUGAGGACGUAUACAUAAACGAGAAGGACCUCCUGUUCGAUGCCACCGACGACGUUGAGGAUAGGGACAUGUACGACGCCGAACCUGUGCCCGAACCUCAACAGAAAGCUUCCACAACCCAACAACAAUCUGCCCCGGCGGACGCCCCUAUGAGCGAGACGGCGACGGCGGAGGCAAAGGAGAAGCAACGUGAAGCCAGGGACAGAGACGACCGCUCUGAGACGGUUGAUUUCGAGGCUCCACACAAUGGAACGACCGAGACUCUCCCGAGAUAUGAGGUCGAGGACACUACUACCAACAACAACAAGGCUGAAGGUCCCUACCACCACCAGCUCCGUGCAAGUGUCGAUGAGGAGGACAAUAUGAGCGACUGGGAGAAGUACGGUUCUGAGGACGAGGGCGAGUAUGUUAAGAUCAACGUCGACUGA